AUGCAACGCUUCCGCCAUUUCCAUGGGCGCAGGAAUGGCAGAAAGGAUACUGCCACCUUCCAUCCUUCAAUCAUCACGGCUGUGUCGUCCUCAUCCAGUGAUCAGGAUGCUCUUUCGGAAGACUCUGAUUGGAGCGACGGGGAGUCAGAUGCCUUUUGCUGCUACAUUUCCCUCGCAUCGGCUCGCGAGGCCGACUCUGUACUUGGCUUGGGCUUGUUCGCCCACCGCCGGACGCGCCGCCAAGUCCGUUACGGCCUCCCGCACGACAUGUCUUUCAGCCUGGACUACGUGGAUGUGGCAGCCUUCAAUGCGGGGCUAGAAGCCAUGAAAGAUCGAGGUCGGGAGCCUGCCUUAGUCUCGUCUUCUCGUGGCCAGCUCAAUGCCUGGCUUCCUCUCUACGUCGAUUCGAAGCACUGGGCCCGCGCCAGGGAGUAUGUGGAGUCGGCCGUCAUGACCUUGUCUGGUGCGCACCGUGAUGAAGCCUUUCCAGAAACCGCUCUUUCAGUCUGCUGUUCACUGCUGACGCAGGCAGCUGUAUCUCUCAGCCUGGGGCAUAGCAGAGUCACUGAGCGUGCUGUCCAGAUGUAUGGAGAUGCACACAGGUUGCUCCUGCAACUAGCUUGUGAGUGGCCUGAGCUGCAGAUGGCGGCCAGCCAUCGCUUGCGCCUAUUUCUGCAUCAUCCGGAAUCGCGCCUUCGCCAAGCCACCCACAGCUUGGGAGACCUUCUCCACUGCUUGCUGAUAGUUGAUGACCUGGAGUGGGAGGAGCUGAAGACUACCAUCAUUCCGGAAGCUUUGCGAAGGCAUGUCUGGCGUCAGGAGUGCAAGGGCUUUUACUUUGACAGCGCCAGCUUGGAUCGGACUGCAUCAGGUGUCCUUGCACAGUGGGAGAACUUUGCACCGGAUGCGUGCAAGGUCCUGUGCUUCAUAGCCACCUAUUUGUGCAGAGUGGGUCGGCCCCAGGGAGCUUCUCUCCAAACGGUGAUGGCAGCCUUCGACAGGAACCAGGGCCGCCUCCCAAAAGCACAUGAAGAGAUCGCUGCUGUGUGCAGCUCCCUGCAGGAGGCCUCUCUACCUGCAGUUCUGGAUUUGAUGGGAGCCUCCUACUCUGAGGACUUUCUUGCUGAAAUGGUGUUGUGGGCUGUCCGGCAUGGUUCGAGCCAGUGGAGGGGCUGGCGCAGGGAAGCCAAGGAACUCAUGGAAGAGGGCAUGGAGGGCCCAGAUGACCUUUGCCCGUUGCUGUACCGACUGCAAAGAGGCAAGCCACUGAAACCUUCAAGAGGUCACACCCCAAAGUAUGUGUGGAAGCCCAAGCAGCCAGAGAUGGGUUUCCCAGAUUGGGAGCUGACACCCUACGGGCACCUGGCAGCUUACAGCCACUUGGAGCUUCAGGUUUUGUGCAGCUGGCUGGCGCUCUAUGGUUCCGGUGGUUAUCUUUCUGAGUGGCCUGCGUGGUGGUACUACAGCUGGUGA